CAGGGGCAAAGAAGCAGAGCGAUCCAACGAGGCAAGGCAAAGGCAAAGGCAAGCCAAACAGAAAAGAAAGCGUUGAGUCGCAAACAGACAAGUCAUCAUGAAGACUCUGGCUCUACUCUCCGUCUGCGCUCUUCUCUCAGUCUGCUGGUCCAUGGGAGCAGUAGAACCCGAGGUCGUGGUGGACCCUGCCGCUGACCCCGCUGCUGAAGCUGCACCUGCUGACCCCACAGCCGGCCCUCUGGACGCGUCCUCCUCCUCUUCUUCUUCUUCCGAGUCCGAUUCCGCCUCUUCCUCAGAGUCGGACUCGUCCUCAGACUCCUCGGCGUCCGACUCCAACUCCAGCUCGGACUCAUCGGCCUCCGACUCCAGCUCCGAGUCCUCCGAGUCCUCUUCCUCCGAGUCUUCCUCCUCCUCCUCCUCCUCUGAGUCCGACUCCGCUGACUCGUCGGCGUCCGACUCCUCCGCCUCAGACUCCUCGUCUUCAUCGUCCUCAUCUUCGUCGGAGUCAGCCAGUGUUGAAGCUGCUCAGGUGAUCAUGAAGAGAGACCUGGCCGCUGCUCUCCUGAGGAGUCGGAGAGCUGCUCCAGGAGGAGACCUCAGCCCCCUGCAAAUGGAAAGCCUGAGAGAGGUGUGUGAGCUGAACGUGGCCUGCGACGAAAUGGCCGACACUCAGGGGAUCGUGGCCGCGUACACCGCCUACUACGGACCUGUCCCUUUUUAAGUUGAAGACUCCUCUUACAUGUGCACGCAGACAGGGUUUUUUUUGUCUGUCUAUUGGUAAUUGUAACAAUGCAACAACUCCCCCAAAGCUAGAGAAGGAGCAGGAAAGCCAAAAUAAAUAGAUGGCGCAUGCCAAUCUACUGGUGCUAAGUGGAGAAGUUUUUAGUCGCUGCAAAUGAUUGUACAAGUGACCAACUGAGGUGGUCCUGUAUGUAAAGGCCUCAUCCGGCCUGUGAGCAACUUAGAAAAGCCCCUUACAAUUGUAAAUUAUUCCCUUUCCCCCCUUUAUACAGUGGAUGGUACAUUGCAAAUGUCCUUUGCGUUUACGUUGUUUUGUUUUGUUUUUAUAUCGUGGCUUGGGUUUACUUUAGUGGCAGUUCUAGAGAGUAGUGGAUCUAUUAAUGAGCUGAUGGUGGUCCUGUACAGUAUUUGUAAAACACACAUCAGCUCUCUGUAAUGUCUGUAACCACAUAUUGCCUCUGGUUUUUGAAAAUAAUGAAUUAUUUUUGUUUUUUGACAAAAUGUCGAGUCAUCCUUUCAUGCAAAAAACAGUGUUUUCGUUUGCAGAUCUGAACACCUUUGAAGGUGUGAAAACAGGGAACCUUUUAAGUGCAUUCUGAAAAUGAUUCUCAUAAAGCCCUCUGGGUUGCACUGGCAUCUCUAACAUAUGCUUACUAGACUGUUCUGAGGACUUUGUCUGCUGUUUUGUCCUUGAGUUUUAACUAAUUACCUUUUUUAUUUUUUAUUCUCCUAUUGCCUGCAGCUGUUUUCAAAUGAGGCAGAGGACAUUAAUGAGGGCCCCAAAUAACCCUGCAGCGAAAAGCGGAUUCUGAUUUUUUACGAGCUAUCUGAGACUUCUGACACACUCAAGCAAGCCCACAUAUGCAUGUGCAGUUACCAAAACCACAUUGGAAAUGGUAGUUCUGAUGUGUUCCAGCUGGGACUUUCACACAUAGACAUGUCCAAUAACAAAGGGGGUCACAGGCUGUCCUCACAUGGCACGUACUGUUCCUAGAAUCACCAUUAGAUGGCAAUGUAGUGCAGCCAGAGAUAUUUCUAAAACAGGAUUUCAUUUAUCAUUUCACGAAAACAUAAAUGUGUACACAAUGUACACCCAGACAUAUAUAUUCACAAAUUUGGUGGAAUGUAAAUGGCUUUGCUUUAAAUACACAUCUACCUGUGAAAUCCAACACGCUCAUUGUUGUACAUACUGAAUUAUAUGUAGUUAGUAAAGGAAUGCGGUCAUCACAAAAGACGUAUGAUCAUUUCUGCGAGCGAUCUCAAACAUGUUAUAUAAAAAAGGAACAUGUCAGAUAACUUCUAAUAUGCCCAGUGAACUCUUUGCCAGAUAAUCCCAACAGUUUUAUUUGAAGUAUGAAAAGUGGAGAAGAUAAUGCAAAUGAAGUAUCAAGCAGGCUCUUUUCUCCAUUACUGCUGUGAUUACUACAGAGUGAGAUGGAGGGAAAGGGACCAAAUCGGGGCAUAACGUGAUUAAAUCGGGAGGACCGGGAGCUGAGGUCAUCAGUCUGAGCUGAGAUCUUACUUUCCCCAGCCACUGUACCUCACCCAGCUCAUCUAGCUGUACAGAAGGCACUGAUCUCUCUAAUGUAUCCUGGAUCUGCUCUUAAGCCAUUCAUCCUAUAAUUCUGUACUUUACAUUACAAGAAAGAAAAAAUUGUUUCGAAUUCGUCAUAAUACACAUCAAAUUCAGAACUUUGUAUUAAGUUAAAAUCAUUUUUCAUUUUUCUAUUCAUGCAAAGUCCUCUCUGUUUGGGCCUGUCAACCAUGCUUGGUUGAGAAGGACCUUUUGAAAAUGGAACUUUAUUGACUUAUGAAGUGAAAUUGUGAUAAUCAGGAGGCUUAAAGUUCAAAUCUGACAGAUGCAAUAAUUCACACCCAACAAUGAUGCUAAAACUGGGCUUGAGCAAUAUAGUUGGGAGGAAAUUUUGUUUGUCUAAGGGGU